CUUGCAGGUGUGAUUAUUAAGGAGUUGCCAGAACUGGAAAUUUAUAAUUUAAGUUUCACAACCAAUUUUGGGGAAUAAUAUGGACAAGUUUAGGGUUCCUAAACCCUAAAAUAACCCAUCAAAAAGGAAGGACUUGACAAUCUUUGGUUCUUAAAACCUUGGAACAUGGCCCCAACAAUUGAUACUACUGUAACUGAUAAUUUGCCUGCAAUUAUACGGCUCAUUCCGGGGGAAAAAGUUUGAUCUCCGUUACAUAGUACUGGUUCGGAGGAUGCACCAUCUCGAGAUAUUCCAGUCAGAGUGUUUCUGGGUUAGGAUAGCCAACAACUAAUAUUCUUUGGACAGAAGUAGUUUCUUUGAAUAUGAAACUCACUUCACUGUUAUGAAUUAUUGCGGAAGAAUAAACCGUAAGAAAGUUAACGAUUUUGUGAGGGAAUUUGAGGAACAACACCGAGUUAAAUGGUUGGAUAUACACACAAGGGUAAAGCAUAUGAUUCGAUUGGUGGCAGCUGCUGUUGCUCAUCCUGAGAUGCAUAGUCCAUCAUCAAGGGCAAUGUAUGGUUUAGAUGUCAUAUUAGACAGCUCUUUCCAACCCAAGUUACUAGAGGUAACUUACUGCCCGGAUUGUACAAGAGGUUGCAAAUAUGACUUGGAUAUUGUAGUUGGAGAGGGAGGCAUUGCCAAACGUUGUGAUUUCUUCAACAAUGUGUUUAGGUGUCUCUUUUUGAAUGAAUUUUCACAGGUUAGCCCAUUGUAAUCAUAUCAUAAAAGAAUUGAAAAUUUUUGUUUUAGGCGCAUGGGCUAUUAUUAAAUGGUUUAUGAUGACCUUUUGUCAUAGUCAUAGACCAAGUGGUUUUUGUAAUGCCUCACGUGCCAUAAUUUUGCUUGUUUUACGAUGGUAAAAGUAAACAAUUUUGAGCACUUCAA